CCGAGGAGCGAGAGCACGGAGCUGGCUCUGGGCUGGGGGAGGCGGCGGCGGACCGGGAGGAGGCGGAGGAGGAGGAGGAGCGGGGCAGCGGGAGGCAGCGGCGGCGGCGACCCGGCUGGGGUGAUGGUGCAGGUGCCCGGGUUGGGCGCGGAGCUGCCCCGCUGAGGGGCGCCUGGUCCGGGGUCCGCAGCGCCGCGGCGUCUCUCCCGGGAGCGGCGGGCGGGCGGCGGCGGGAAGAUGCUGAGCAGGUUGAUGAGCGGCAGCAGCAGGAGCCUGGAGCGCGAGUACAGCUGCACCGUGCGGCUGCUGGACGACAGCGAGUACACCUGCACCAUCCAGAGAGAUGCCAAAGGCCAGUACCUGUUUGACCUUCUUUGCCACCACCUGAACCUACUUGAAAAGGACUAUUUUGGGAUCCGCUUUGUGGACCCCGAUAAGCAGCGGCAUUGGUUGGAGUUUACGAAGUCCGUGGUGAAGCAGUUGAGAUCCCAGCCUCCGUUCACCAUGUGUUUCCGGGUGAAGUUCUACCCUACGGACCCCGCUGCCCUGAAGGAGGAAAUAACCAGGUAUUUAGUCUUCCUGCAGAUCAAAAGGGAUCUCUACCACGGCCGCCUCCUCUGCAAAACAUCCGAUGCCGCCUUGUUAGCGGCUUAUAUCCUUCAAGCGGAGAUUGGAGAUUAUGACCCCGGAAAACACCCUGAAGGCUACAGCUCCAAGUUCCAGUUUUUUCCUAAACAUUCAGAGAAGCUGGAAAGGAGGAUUGCUGAGAUUCACAGGACAGAACUCAGUGGCCAAACACCAGCAACGUCAGAGCUGAACUUCUUAAGAAAAGCGCAGACACUGGAGACCUACGGCGUGGACCCUCACCCGUGUAAGGAUGUGUCCGGAAAUGCCGCGUUUCUGGCCUUCACUCCUUUUGGAUUUGUGGUUCUUCAAGGAAACAAGAGGGUCCACUUCAUUAAAUGGAACGAGGUGACCAAGCUGAAAUUUGAAGGGAAGACUUUCUACUUGUAUGUAAGUCAGAAAGAGGAAAAGAAAAUUAUUCUCACAUAUUUUGCUCCAACUCCAGAAGCCUGCAAGCACCUCUGGAAAUGCGGGAUUGAGAACCAAGCCUUCUACAAGCUGGAGAAGUCAAGCCAGGUCCGCACAGUGUCCAGCAGCAACUUAUUCUUCAAAGGGAGCCGGUUCCGAUACAGUGGCCGAGUCGCAAAGGAAGUCAUGGAGUCGAGUGCCCAGAUCAAACGGGAGCCGCCCGAGAUCCACAGAGCUGGGAUGGUUCCCAGCCGCAGCUGCCCCUCCAUAACCCACGGCCCCCGGCUGAGCAGCGUCCCCAGGACCCGGAGAAGGGCCGUUCACAUCUCCAUCAUGGAAGGCCUGGAGUCCCUCCGGGACAGCGCCCAUUCCACCCCCGUGCGUUCCUCCUCCCACGGGGACACCUUCCUGCCUCACGUGAGGAGCAGCCGGGCAGACAGCAACGAGCGAGUCGCCGUGAUCGCGGACGAGGCCUACAGCCCUGCAGACAGCAUGCUGCCCACCCCCGUGGCCGAGCACAGCCUGGAGCUGAUGCUGCUGUCCCGGCAGAUCAACGGGGCCACCUGCAGCAUCGAGGAGGAGAAGGAGUCCGAGGCCAGCACCCCCACGGCUGCCGAGGUGGAGGCCCUCGGGGGAGAGCUGAGGGCCCUGUGCCAGGGGCACGGCAGGCCGGAGGAGGAACAGGUGAAUAAGUUUGUUUUAAGUGUCCUCCGUUUGCUCCUUGUGACCAUGGGACUCCUCUUUGUUUUGCUCCUCCUCCUGAUCAUCCUUACCGAGUCUGACCUUGACAUUGCCUUUUUCCGAGAUAUCCGUCAGACCCCCGAGUUCGAGCAGUUCCACUAUCAAUACUUUUGUCCCCUCAGGCGAUGGUUUGCCUGCAAAAUCCGCUCAGUGGUGAGCCUGCUCAUUGACACCUGAGAAGACAGGACUUCUCCCAAUAACUAGCCAGGUGGACCCCGGAGCCCGGCUACCCCUUCCCAGCAAUGGGACCCAUCGCGGAACCAUCGGCACAUGCACCACGUCCUCCUUUCAUGACUCAAAGUCCGCAGCCUGGGAGGCUUGUUUCCCAGGAGCAGAAGGGGAUGGGCUCAUGGCCUGUCUACACAAACUGGGGAAGCUCAUUUCCUUCAGAGGUCCUCUCGAGAAAGGCUCGGCGACUCCGUUUCUCAUCCUCCCCAAUAUGCAGGAUAACUUUUGGCUUUGAAUUUUGAUUUUUUCAUAGAUGUGUAUUAUUUUGAAAGUAUCAAAUAAAAAUAAUUUAUUUUAUUAUGACUGAUUACCACGGUAGUGUCACCUCGCAGAUGGGACACUAGCUGAAGCCUAGAGAGCUGUCGUCUUCUGUCUUCUGCAGGAGCUUUCCUACUGGGCUCCAGCAGGCUCACCGCGGCAGCUUCUGCGGGGCAGAUCCGGGGUCUGGACAGUGAAUACGUCUAAGUUUCCUGGCCAGACAGAGCUUUUUUUUAAAAAAAGUAAACAUCCAUGUAGAACGAUUAAAUGAAAAGUUGCUUCUUA